UCUUUCAUUUCUUUUUUAUUUUUUCUCUCUGUCCAUUAAAAACCCUAACUUGCACUUUGUUCAGUUUCUCUCUCUUGUCAACCCCUGUUCCCCAAAAUUUUGAAACCCUAAGAGCUCUCUCUCUUUCUCUCUCAUGGAGACGGCGCGGGAAGAGAAGCCCUACGCCGCCGUUUCGUCGGAAGGAGGAUUCGGCACCGGCGGCAAGUUCCGGAAGCGUCCGUUCCGACGAGCCACCCAAACGACGCCGUACGAUCGUCCUCGAACCGCUAUCAGAACCCCCAGCCUCGCCGCCGCCGUGGCCACCAACAACAACGGCUGGCUCUCCCGCCUCGUCGAUCCGGCUCAGCGCCUCAUCGCCUCUAGCGCCCACCGAUUGUUCUCCGCAUUCUUCAGCAAGCGCCUCGCUCCUCCGCCGCCGCCACAGCCGCCGCAGCCGUCAAAUUCUGAAGCAAACCAGGAAUUAAAUGAUAAGCACCCAGAAGUAAGGGAUGAGUACCAUGAAGCAGUUGACAUUGAUUCUCCCGGAGUGCAACGAGGAGCCAUUGAUCGAGUUGACAAAUCAAGUAGUAGUUCUGACAAAGGAGGCUUGACGGAGCUUGAGCAAAUUUUAAAGCAGAAGACUUUUACCAGAUCUGAGAUUGAUCGUUUGACAGCCUUGUUGCAUGCAAGAACUCUUGAUAUCAAUAUUGGGGAUGAAGAGAAAAAGUCUGAAGUGAUUCCAUCAGAGCCGGUAGGGUCUAACGUCGGAAGGGAGGAACUUUCAAAAGCACAAGCUUUAGAAAAUGGGAUUGGGAGCCACCUCAUUUCAACUCCUGUCAUUAACUCAAGUGUCCUUGAUGAGGAUGUUGCUUCACCUGCAGAGCUUGCAAAAGCUUACAUGGGUUCUAAGCCUUCAAAAGUAUCCCCAUCAAUGCUAGGUAUUCGUAGUCAAGCUUUGAGGGAAGAUUCAUCCGUGAUAAGCAGUGGGCCUUUUCUGCAAAAGUCACCCAUUAUGCCACUUGUUUUGCGGUCCUCUGGUCAUGUUGGGUAUCCUGAAAACGGUUUUAUGACACCUAGAUCUCGAGGAAAAUCUGCAAUAUAUAGCAUGGCUCGGACGCCAUAUUCCAGAGUUAACCCAACCUCUACCAUCAAGGGUGUUGGGCCCAUUGUUGCUUAUGAUGGGCCAUCAUCAUCAUCAUCUCAGGCUGCAUGGGAGCAGAAUAAAGUUUCUGGAUCUAAACAAGGGGCUUUAAAACGCAGAAGUUCAGUCUUAGAUAAUGAUAUAGGAUCUGUUGGUCCUAUACGUAGAAUUCGUCAAAAGCCUAGUCUUCUCUCUUCGAGAGGCUUGAGCGUCCCAGUUUCUGGUAGUCCCCUCCCUAUUGCUGGAACUGGAGUCAGUCCUGGUUCUGCUCAACGCCCUUCCUUUUUGACACAAAAGUCACCUUUACGGGUUGAAUCUAAGGAUCAUUUGAUGAAGAACUCAACAGAGAAUGGAGAUAACAGCAUUCCGGGUACAAGUUUUCCCCUUGUUUCCUCCAAGUCUAGUGAGAUGGCUUCAAAAAUAUUGCAGCAACUUGAAAAGCUGGUUUCACCAAAAGAGAAAUCAUCUGAGUUCAAGCUAGCAUCUGUGAGGGAUAGCUCACCCUCUAAAUUGUCACCAUCUAUGUUACGUGGAAAGGCUCUUAGAAGCCUGGAGACUGUAGAAUCACCAAAACUUCUGGAGAAUUUAUCGGAGAAUAACAAGUUGGAUAGUUCACUUGAUACCUUGUUACCUGAUGCUGUGGACAUUACUCAGCAGAAGCAAAACAAAGUUGAAGAAAAUGGCCCAUUGAAGCUUGUUUCUUCUAGUGACAUAUCGGUUUCUGUAGUGAAUGGUGUAGAUUCUAAAGCUCCAAACAAGGACACCUUACCCAGCAUUAAAUUUGCAGAUUCUGUGGUGAUUAAUUCAUUCAACUAUCCUCCACAAAAGAGACGACCUUUCCGUAUGACUGCACAGGAGGAUUUUUUGGAGCUGGAUGAUGACUAUUCUAACGGGGCAGCUCCCACUUCAUUGGUUGAAGAGAGAGAAAAGGAUGAUGUUGUGGCGGAGAGGAAGUCCAAUUUUGCCGAAGUGGUAACACAGGAGAAGCCUCCAUCUCUAUCAGGAUUUAAGCCCCCUGAAAGUGCUGCAUUGAACCAAAAAACUGAUGUAACUUCUGAUGGGCCUGUGGUUACUGAAAAGAGCAUUGGCUUUGCCUUUCCAAAGGCCAACUCUACCAGCGAGGCUGUCCCUCCUGCAAUGAUAUCGAUACAGUCAUCCUUAAAAUAUGAUAAAUCUGCAUCACCAAAACAACCAAAUGUUUCACCUCCCACAUAUAGCUUUGGAGAUAAAGUUGCUUCACCAAAGGAACCAAAUGCUGCUUCCGCAGUUGCUAGCUUUUUUACUGCUUCAAGUGCUGAUAAAAAGAUGCCACAGUUUACAUUGGCUUCCUCAUCUUUAGGUAGUGAAUCUGCAGGACAUAAAUUUGGUGUUAGUUCGGACCCAAAACCGGAGAGCUCUAGCAGCUUUUCAACUUUUGUGGCUGGUGCAACUGAUUCUAUGCCUAAAGUACCUGAAUUGGAAAAAGCUGAUAAUAAGAACAAUUCAAAUGCUGGAGUCACUUUUAGGACACCAGAAACUGCAUUUUCAUCUGCUGCAUCAACAUCAACACCUACUGCAAGUAUUGGCGUCAACACCACUGCCAAUAAUUCUUUCUUAAAUAAUGGGUCUCUUUCUUCAAGCCCAUCUUUCCCUUCAACCAUUCCACCUCUUCUUUUUAAUAAUGUUCCCAUUCAAAAUUCAUCAAAUAGCUCUAUGAUUACUCUUACUUCCACUGGCAGCAGCAGCAGCACUACAACCACCAGUGCCUUUGCCACCUCCAUUACCAGCAGCACCAGUCUCUCUACCUCAGCUGCAUCAGGGCCUAUUUUUAAAUUUGGACCCACAGUUGUGGAAGCACCAGUAACAGCUACUUCUGGAAUAGCAUCAGAAGCUGCCAAGACGAGGCCUGAGUCAAGGAUUGGCAAUUUCGGCGGCAAUCUUUUUGUUGGCACAUCUGCUACAAAUGCAAGUACAGGAAGUAGCAUUUUUGGAUUUAGUGCUGCAGCCACAUCUUCCGCUGCUAAUAGUCAGUCUCAGGGUUCUACCCUUUUCAGCGCUGGUAGUGGAUCUGCGCUUAGUGCACAGGCAUCCCCUGCUGGGACUGGGGUUGCAGCUUUUACCAACAGCAUUCCCAUUCAAUUCAGUUCAUCUGCGCCAUCCCCAUCAUUUGGAUUGGCUGGCAAUACAGCUCUCUCUUCUGGGAGUUCAUCAUUUGCUGUGUCAACUCCUGCUGCUAAGCCUUUUAAUUCAGGAGCUGCUUUUGGACUUGGCACUUCUGCUUCUUCAGCAGAUGCCAACUCUAAUAAUGCCAUAGGUAGUACUACUUCAAGCUUGUUUGGUUCUUGGCAGCCCUCAAAGUCUCCAAUAUUUGGUUCAAGUUCGACAUUCAACUCUUCAUCUUCAUCAAUUGGGUCGUCCGUUGCAGCAUCUACUGCUUCUGUUGCUGCUACAACAUCACCCUCAACUGGGUUUUCCUUCCCAGUAUCAUCUACAACUUCUGUUCCUACCACUACAUCGCCUUUUGCAGCAUCUACAUCUUCUGUUGCUGCUUCUACAACAUCCUCAACUGGAUUUCCCUUUGUGGCAUCUGGUGCAUCUCCCUCAACUGGGUUUCCAUUUGCAGCAUCUACAGCUUCUGCUGCUGCUCCUAGCAGUGCACCUGUUGCAUUUGGAUCAUCCAUUGUUGCAUCAUCUGGUCCCACUUUCUCAUUUACUUCAGCCAUGGCUACUCCCACAUCACAGCCUGUAUUUGGUAACCCCAACCCCUUCACAAUUAAUCCAUCUUCCUCGGGAAAUAAUGAUCAAAUGAAUAUGGAAGACAGCAUGGCAGAGGAUACCAUUCAAGCUUCCAUGCCCACAGUUCCAGUAUUUGGCCAAGCUCCUGUCACACCUCCUCAGUCUGGCUUUGUGUUUGGGUCAACUCCAUCAGCAGGAAAUCCCUUUCAAUUUGGAGCCCCACAGAAUUCAGCCACCCCACAGAACCAAUCUCCAUUUCAGGCUUCAAAUAGUUUAGGAGGGAGCAGCUUCUCACUGGGUGCUGGUGGCGGUGAUAAGGCUAAUCGAAAAAUUGUCAGAGUUAGUCGCAACAAGACGCGGAGAAAGUAAAUAUACCGAUCAUUAUAUCAACCAUUUCGGACAAAUUGGGAUCAUUGUCAGAGGCGACAGUUGCAAUUGAUGGAUAAAUAAUUAUAAUGGUUAGAUAUCAAUAGCGGGAGAUUGCUGUAUCUGUUGGUCACCUGGAAUUGAUUGGUGCUGACAAAGUUGAAAGAAGGCUGUUAGGUCUCAAAAUCCAAUGAUUCUCAUUCUCCUUUACAUUUUUUUUCGUGUCUUCCAUGGUUGCAGUGCGGUCAUAAGUUUUGACAGUUUUGUAUCAGUCUGUAGCAAAUCUAAAGAACAUUUGUGCUGUACUAGUAGUAGUCGUUCAUAGAAUUUGAGGUUGGGCAACUGUGCCAGUGAUGGUGUUAUGUGUACUGUGAUUUUGUAACAUAAAAAGAAAAGGGCAUGAAUCUGUUUAAGGAAAGAAAGUUGCUCUCGAUUAAGAAA